AUGAAUAAGUCAGACGAUAACGCAAAGAAGGACUACUCUAUUUAUGUAUACGGAAAGAUAUACGAUUUAGUAAAAGACUUAAAUAGUUAUAAUAUAAAAUACUACAUUAAUAAUGAGAAAAAUGUAGAUUUGUGGAAAGAGUUCAAGUACAAGAGGAGGAAAAAAUUCAGGUUUAUUUCAGUAUUAGAUUACUAUGCUAGCGUUAAAAAUAAAAAAUGGGAAUUCGAUAUUAUACCAAUUAUAUUUAACGAGGAAUAUGAGAUAUUACAUAUAGGAGUUUCCAUUAUUUUUAAUGACAAUUUUGCAGAGGAGUACAAAAAAUGUAGGUGUAGUUACAUAGAAUUAUUUAUUUGCAACUUUGAAAAUGUUAAAACAAAUCAGAAUCAAUACGAGUGGUCUCUAAUCCCACCAAUCACGAGUUCUGUUAACAUUAUGAAAUUUCUUAUUGAUAUGGAUGAUUUGAAGAGGAUAUAUACAGAGCGAAAAGGGUUAGAUGAAACAAGAACCAUAACUCGUAGACAAAGUAGUAUCAGUGAUAUCAAUAAUGAUAAUAAAUAUCCAUAUAAUAUCAUAAAUGAUAGUUGUUAUGUGGACGUGAACACAUGGCAGAAGCAAGUUAUUAUGGAUUCAAAAGAAAAUGAUUUCUUGAAUCAAGGUGGAAACAUGAUAACAUACAACAAUAGGUGUAGUGAUCCUAUAGGAAACGCAAAACCACAUUUAAGUGGUAGUGGGAAACAGGAGCUAGAUACCCAUUUUAUACAUUCACGAAAUGGAAAUAUCAUUCAAGACAACGACAUGUCUACGUUGAGAAGUAAUCUUAGUAGCGAUAGUAGCAGUAAUUUACACAUUAGAUUCAGUACGAGUAAUGAUGAGGAGGAAUUUACAGAAGAUCAGUAUAAAAAAAAUGAAGAGAUUAAUUGGAAGAACGUAAAUAAUAAUAGGGAAAUUUUAUUCACUGAUGUAGAAGGUGGAGGAGGACACACAGGAGGUGUAAAAUAUCAUGAGGUUUACCUUUUUUCGAAUAUGAAGAAGGAUAACAGCAAAUAUGAUAAAAAUAUUUGCAGUAAUAUUUGCAAUAAUAUUUGCAAGAAUAACAGUUUCAUCUAUACAAAUGGUGAACAUAUUAACAAUGAUAAGGACACAAGUGCAUGUGUGAAGGAUUCCGAGGAGGUAAAUCAAAAAAUGACGUACCCUCAGAAUGUAAAAAAAGUAAACGAAGUUGAUGAAAAGAUGUAUAUUUCUUCUGAAAAAUUUCCUACGAAUGAAAUUUUUAAUUAUGAUUAUUUGUAUAGCAAAAGCAAGAGACAAAUGGUUUACAUAGAGGAACCAAACGGGAGUAAACAAUCGUUAGGAAUGGUUGAGGAGGACGAAGUAAAUGGAGAGAAGGAAAAAAAAACUUUUUUAAUCAAUCAUGCCAGGAACAGCUACACACAGAACAUAUGCACAUCACUAGAAAUGAAAGAAGUAAUAGUUGAAGGAAAGAUAACGUUGGGAAAGACUCAAGAAGGAGGAGAAAUUGCACAUACAGGACAGUCCAACUGUGAUGACAAUAUAAGGAUUACAAAAUUGAAAGAAAGCAUGAAUUUUAAUCAUGAUGAAGCAAUAAAAAGUAACAACAAUGUACAUAUUAUGCAAAACUCAGAAUAUAGGAAGAAUGUUUACACAACCAAGAGUAGUGAUAGGAAAACCCCAAUGAGCAAUUAUAAUAUACAAGAAAGUAAAAAUAAUGAAAAUAACAAAUGUAACAAUUUUAAAUUUGGAUUUUUUAGUUCCAAAGGAAAUAGAACAUAUAAUGAAGAUAGAGUUAUAACUAUUAAAAAUGUAAAUGAGUUCAUACAAAAGGAGUACAAGGAAGUAAUUGAAGGAAGAAUGAAUUAUUUGAAUGCGUCUGUCGAAAACGAAUACUAUGAUAUGUUACAAAAAAUGCAAAGUGUUGAUAGGACUUACCUAUCGUCAUCAUCAUCUGUACAAUCAUUAACUUCGGAGGAAUCAUCAUUUUCAACACCACCUCCAUAUAUGUACUGUGCUAUUUACGAUGGGCACAAUGGAGAAAAGGCAGUAAAUAUUAUACAAAAGUUAUUACACGUUCAUGUAUAUUCAUAUUUUAUAAAAGGGAAUGGUAUGUCGAAUUCAUUAAAAUAUGCAUUCCAUUCAAUGGAUGAACAUUUAUGUAAAAAAACGAUAAAUAAUGAAGAAGAUAAUCAUUCUAAUUUUUCAAGUGGAAGCACAGCAUGUGUUAGUGUUAUAUUUAAUAAUUUGUUAUAUAUUGCAAACAUUGGAGAUAGCAGAUGUGUAUUAAGCAAAAAUGGAAGAGCUAUCGUCAUAACAGUAGAUCACAGAGCUAGUGGAAAUAAAAAGGAAGAAGAAAGAAUUAUAACAUCAGGUGGGAUAUUAGAUGAUGAAGGAUAUUUAGGUGGAUGUUUAGGAGUAUGUAGAGGAUUUGGAUCUUUUGAUAAAAAAACAAAAGAAAAAUUAAAAGGAUUAGUUUGUGAACCUGAUUUAUUUCAAAUCAGUUUAACUGACGACGAUGAAUUUUUAAUUAUUUGUUGUGAUGGAAUCUUUGAUGUUAUGACAUCUCAAGAAGCUGUCAACACAGUUAGGACAUCCUUAGUUCAGAGUUCGGAUCCUACCAUUGCUGCAGAGGCCUUGUGUGAAUUUGCAUAUAAGAGGAAAGCCCUUGAUAACUUAUCUGUCGUUGUUGUUAUUUUUCAGAAUCCGGAGAUGAAAAAAAGGGCAGAUGCGAGUGCAAAUGCAAAUUUAGAGGCCGGUCAAGCAGGGCGAGUCCGUAGGAGAAUUAGAUUUUCCUCGCUCAAGGGUUUGAUAGGGUCAUGA